AUGUCAACCAAGAAAAAGACAAAAGUGAUGUCGAAAAAGGGAAAAGGCAAGAUUCUAGUCCCAAAAUGGAAGCUUUUCCGAGCAAAAGAGCCAUUGCUCUCUGUCUUCAUGUGGGGUAUCAAUCAUACCGUUGAUCAAUUGCUACACGUUCCGCCGCCCGGGCUUUUGAUGCCUGAUGACUUUAAGGCCUACUCAAAAGUGAAAAUCGACAACCACAACUUCAACAAGGACAUCAUGCCGAGUCACUACAAAGUCAAAGAGUACUGUCCGAACGUUUUUCGGAACCUUCGAGAGCAAUUUGGCGUGGACAAUUUCGAAUAUUUGCGUAGUUUGACGAGCUACGAGCCCGAACCCGAUCUUCUCGAUGGAUCUGCCAAGGAUUCGACGCCACGAUUCUUUAUAUCGUAUGAUAAGAGAUUUGUGAUUAAGUCCAUGGACUCUGAAGCCGUCGCUGAACUACACUCGGUUCUCCGCAACUAUCAUCAAUAUGUCGUUGAGAAGCAGGGAAAGACGCUUCUCCCACAGUAUUUGGGCUUGUAUCGGCUAACCAUCGAUGGCUCUGAAACCUAUCUCAUCGUGAUGCGCAACGUCUUCGGCCGCAAAUACGGUGUUCACACGAAAUUCGAUCUCAAAGGAUCUACAGUAUCCCGUGCCGCUUCUGACAAGGAGAAGGCGAAAGACCUGCCAACACUGAAGGAUAACGACUUCUUGGAGCAGAACUGGAAGCUGAAUCUGCCUCCAGAAGCCAGCAAACAGCUUCUGGAGAUGUUGUCAAGUGAUACGGAGUGGUUGACGAGAAUGCAUUUGAUGGAUUAUUCUCUUCUUGAAGCCGCCAACCGUCCCAUCGAACAGAAUUCCGAAGAAUCUGGGGACGAGCUGGCUCCAACGCCACCAGACUCCCCGAUUCCAUCAACUGGCGGCGCGUUUCCCGGGGUCUCCGGUGGACCAGAUUUGGAUGAUGAGUUCUAUGCAAUUGCUAGUCCACCAGAUUCUGACAAAAACCUAAUCUAUUUCAUCGGACUGGUCGACAUUCUGACGUACUACGGUAUCAAAAAACGCAGUGCGACUGCUGCGAAAACUGUGAAAUACGGUUCGGAUGCUGAGAACAUCUCCACCGUCAAACCGGAGCAGUACGCCAAACGUCUCGUCGAAUUCAUCAGCCGCUCAUUGAACUAA